AUGGAUAGACCACCGGUUACCAAGCUUACAACAGAAAUAUUGCUCAAGGUAUUCGAAUUACUCAGCCAGGACAGCGACGCAGCGCUUGUCGCCUCUAUCCUGUGCUGCAAGAAGUGGCGCCCUGCUGCUGAAUCUGUUCUGUACGGCGAUGUUUUUCUGAAUACCGACCGCCUCACCAGGUUCCUGGAUAGCUACCAGAGCGACCGCCAGAUCCGGUCGCUGACAUUGGUCAUGGAUUCUGUUCCCCUCAACCCUUACGACCCAACUCUGGCCGUCCAGACGGCCACCGCCCGGCUCAAGGCGCUACAACAGCUUGGCUCGCGCAUCAACAAGCUGGCUCUUGUCUCGCUUUCUAUCACGGCGGACUUCCCAUUGCCAUAUACAGCCUCCCCCGAAUUUUGUGCUAUUGUUAAUGACCCGCCCAAUUCUUGCGCCUGCCUGGAGAUUGAUAUUAAACACAGCGGCUUCAUUCUUGAUUCUAGGGCAGACCUUCAAAGCCAGCCAGCAACAUCAACAACAUCAACAACACUACCACAUAUGUGCGACGCUAUUCGGAUGAUCCUUCCACAACUCGAGCAUGUCCGCCUGCGUCUUCCACUACUCUGCUCUGCUCUAUUUAGCGCUGCCACUAAGAGUAAGUCAAAUGCGCAAGAUUUCGGGCUUCGAAGCUGUGCGUGCCACGAACCUCAGAAGCUGCCUCAUCAACCUCUCCCUGGGCGAACCUACAGGGCCAUCUUCCUCGGGUUCUUGGGCGGCUCCAUGCGAGUCCGGUCUCAUUCCUCACAUUGGAGUGAUACAUGA